CGUCCGCUCCCUCCCCUCGGCGCGUCCAGAGUCGACACGCUUCUCCGUCCUUCCUUUUAUCUCUCUCUCUCUCUCUCUCUCUCUCUCUGCGCCUGCGCGGCUGCGCCUCCCCCCUCUCCUUCCUUUCACGAGCACAACAACAACAACAAGGGCAGGCAGGGCUCGCAUCGCAUCACCACAACACGCCAAGACAGCUCACGGGCUCUCCGCCUCCCCCUCCCUCCUCUCCCCCGCUCCCCAACGCGCUUUCCACUUCCACACCGCCGCCCGCGCCUGCAUUCGUCGCCAUGGCUAAGCUCGCGCUGGCCCUCCUCCUCCUCCUGGCCGUGACGGCGGCGUCCGCGUCGGCCGCCGGCGGGAGCCACCUGGACCUGGACCUGGACCUGGGCAGCUUCCUCUCCUCCGCGGGCCGGAGGGAGGAGUGCCGCGGCGGCACGGUGGGCGAGUGCCUGGCCGAGGAUCCGGAGCCCCUGGACCUGGACCUGGCGGGGGCGUCCGCCGACUCCCACCGCCGCGCGCUCUACGGCGGCGGGUACAUCAGCUACCGCGCGCUGCAGCGGGGCAACGUGCCCUGCUCCCGCCGCGGCGCCAGCUACUACAACUGCCGCCCCGGCGCGCAGGCCAACCCCUACCACCGCGGCUGCUCCCGCAUCACCCGCUGCCGCGGCUGACGCUCACGCGCCGGAUCCGCCGCCGCUGCUGCUGCCGUGCCCGUUUACAAGUACUAGAGCUAUGGAAUUUGACAAUUUGUUGUAAAGUUUAAGGGGAGGGAGAUGGAUUUCCUGCCCUGCCCGUAUGAGCUAUGCCUGCUUAAUACAGUGCUUAUCAAAUCAGACAUAGGAGGAGUAUACUCUUGUUCUUUGCAGCAUUGCUUGAUUGGUUUGUUCUCGGCGCAUGUCCUCUUCUUUGGAUUUGAUUUGAUUUGAUUUGAUUGUUACCUCCUCCGUAAAA